AUGCCGCUUUUAUACGGCUCCCCUCUUCCCCCCGGGGUGGAGGCCCCAACCCGGGGGGAACUGCGCAUUCGGGUAGAUAAGCUGCUUAUCGACCACGCCUCGGUGAAUCAAAACCCCCUGGUGAGCUUUCAUUUUGGCGCGCCCAACCCAUCGCUCGAUUCGCUCACCGGGAGCCACACGAUCAGCCCGAAUCGAUUUGUCGUUCCGGUAGAUUACUGCGCGGUGAGUCCGCUCUUUUGGGGGGAGGAAAAGCCCUCGGUGAGUUGUCAACCCUCCACCGCGCAGCACCAUCGCGGCUCCUUCACCCUCGUCUACCCGGUGAAGGUCGAGGAAUCCGCGUUUCAGAAGUAUUUGAAGAAUAUGACCGCCUCCUCGCAUCAAGGGCUGCAGUUUGAGGUGACGGUGCCCUCCAGCUACAGCGGGCGCCCGCCGGUUUUGAUUGGAAAGUGCAUCCUCCCGUUGGAUUCCUUAACCUCCCCGGAGGCGUCCUCGUCGUUCGCGAAGAAUAUCCUUCACGGGUGGUUUAGCGUGCUCCAUCAAUCCAAGCAGCACGCGCCCGGCGGGAUGGAAGGGGAUUCCCCCCCCUCCUCCACCCUUACCGUUCCGAUCGGCAAACUAAAGCUCCAUGUGCAUCUCUAUUACUUUACGAAACCCCCCCGAAAGGUCCUGAAACGGCGCGAGAAAAGCGACACGUCCGGCCCGGACUUCCUUUUCACGGCAGACGACCCAGGCGAUCGCGAGGAUGCGCGGGAAAAUUUAUCCCACCCCCCUCCCGCGCCCUCCGUGGCGGGGUUGAACACCUCCGUGGAGGGGAGUCGCGGCGACACCUCGCUGAGCAGCCACGGCGGCGCCCUCAGCGACCACCCCUCCGUCGAGGUCGAGCGGGUGAUUCCGCUGCCCCCUCCUCCUCCUGUGGAAACCCCCACGGAGACGAUUUCCCCCCCCUCCUCGGGCUCCUCGACGGCGUUGUUGAUGCGGGAGCUGCUGCGAAAGGGCGCGGAGCUGCGGCGGCGGAUGGGGGUGGCGUCGUCGUCGGGUUUCCUCCCCCUUUCCCUCGGCGAGGCGGCGUUGCCGUCGUCGGGGGUGGGUUCCGUUCCCCUCCCCCCGAUGCCGCCUGCGGGCGCGCGUGUUUCGUUUCCCGACGAUCCACGCGGCGGGUGGCGAGCGCGAAGGCGUGAGGGCGAGGGCGAGGGCGAAGGAGACGUCGAAACCGACGCCGACGACCUCAGUUCUCAACUUUACACCUCCGAGGAGAGCGACGCCGAGGAGUUUAUGCUGCAACUCCAAAAAGAUCACGCGGCGACCCGGAAAGGCGAGGCCGCUUCGCUCUCCCCAGCUGCAGGAUCGGCCACCCCUACCGCGGUGGGGGUGAAGGAUCCAUCGAGCGUGCGGCUUUCCCCCCCGUUGGAUUCUCAUUCCACCCUUGUAGACGCGCAUCGCACGGUGGUGGAGAUGCGUUUUACGGAUGUUUCCUUUCCCUCCACGCGGAUGACGGAGGAUUUGGAGGAAAUCCGCAUCAACGUGCGGUUGUCGAAGGAUAUCACGGUGGAGAGCCCGGUGGCCGGCCCGUUCUCCUCGUUUGUUCACCACAUUCCCCUCACCCAGUCGACGAUUCGUUUGAGUUUCGUGGUUUGCUUUUUUUCCGAAAAAAACAGUCGCCUGGUGAUCGAAUUCAUCAAGGUGAAAUCCCAACCCCGUCGGCUCGACUCCACCGUCGAGCGGGCGGUCCUCUCAGAAGAGUUGUUGGGACUUUGCAUCGUCGGGAUGUUCGCGCAAUCCCGUGAGAUUGUCCUGCGGGAUCCCGUGAGCGGCGAAAAUAACGUUUUUUGCCAUCUCGAUCUAGAGCUUUUCGCUCACGGUCGUGGGAGGGUGAAGGCGCGGAUGCGAUCCCACGCGGCCCCUCCUCCUCGCCGGGAGGAUUCGAAUCCGCGGCGGAUUUCCUCCCUGGAGGAGGUCGCCUCCUCCAGCACGGCGGGAUCCUCAAGCGAUCGCGUAGAAGGGGAGAUAUCCUCACGAGAGCACCUCAGAAAAGCAAUAUCUUCGAGAGAUCACGAGAAAAAGGCGAUCCCCUCGAGGGAUUAUAAGAGAAAACCGAUCUCUUCGAGGGAUUACGAGAGAAAGGCGAUAUCUUCGAGCUCGAGCGUCGAGGAGUCGGUCUCGUCGAGCGAUCGUAAAGAAGGGGCGGCCUCGUCGCGCCCGCGGGUGCGGCUGUGCGUGCGAAUCCACGACGUGCAGGGCCUCCCCUGCGUCGCCCUCGACGGCGACGACGGGAAAAAAGGCAAAAACGACGGCGACGAGGGCGACGGCUUCACCGCGCCGAAUCCUUUCGUCGUGGUGGAUGCGUUGACGGCGGCGGAUGGUUCGUUUCUGACGGGGUGGCGCGUCGACCCUCCUGCCUCGUGGGAUCGCACGGCGGUCGUUUUUCGCUCGCGGCGGCCGUUUUUUGGCUACCGCGGGGUCCUCCGUCUCGCGCAAAAAGGAGGGGUGGAAGAGGGGGGGCGUUUAGGGGCCCUUCGCCUGACGUUAUGGCAUUACGCUGGGGAAGAAAUGCCACAAGGUGGCGAAGGAGAAAAUGGAGGGGGGGAGGAAAGCGAGGAGGUUCGAUUUUGGUCGCACGCGGCGUUGAUGGGGUCCUGCCGCGUCGAUCUUCGACCGCUGAAGUAUCUGAAUCAAUUAGAGGGGUAUUAUCGCGUGGUGCGUGAAGAAGAGGGGAAAAAGGACGGGGGCGGCUACCCCACCCGGAGGGUAGAACAGGCGGGAGAAGCUACCGAAGCGGGUGUCGUCGGGUAUAUUCACGUUAGUGUGAAUCUGCUUUAG